UAAGUUAUUACUCGAAACAAUCAUAGACUCAACUUAUUUUCUCAAUGUUUGAGGCUUUCAGAAGAAUGGCUCUACCAGUUCAUGUCUUCGUCGUCUUAUUCUUCUUCUUCUUUGCUGAUCUUGUGCUUUCCCUCUCUUCCUCUUCUUCCGUGGAGUGUCCAGAUUUUAUUGACUGUGGAAAUCUGGGUAAGCUCAGUUUCCCUUUAACCGUUGCAGAACUCAAAGAGUGUGGAAUAUUGUCGAUUCAUGGUUGUGGAAACCACGAUCAAAACACUAACAAAACUGUGCGCUUCGGUCAAAAGACUUUUGAAUUCUAGGUGUUGUUUGUAUGCCUAUCAACUGUCAAAUUAACUCUGCAUAUUUUUUACCGAUCUAGUAUAAUUAACUCCAAUGCUAAUUAGUCCAUUUGAUAUCUGCUUCUCUUAAAUGUGAUAGAAGAUCAGAAUAAAAGACAGACUUGGAAGCUCCCAUUGAUAAUUGGUAAUUGUACUUAAUUUUUACUCAUUUUCAAUCAGCUAUCUGCUUUUUCCCACAAGAUUAUUUAAGAUCAUGCAUCACUGUAUACACUAUUUUAGCUUGUUACACAGUUGCAACUGAAUUCACAUCAUGAGAGGUUUGCCAAGAGACAAUAAAGAUGAUCUUUGAGUGAAUAUUUAAUCAAACAUACAUUCCCUUUACACAAGCAAGAGUUGAUAUUGUUUGGUCAGGUUUUGGAGUGGGAUUAGGGAUUUGGUAUUAGCAUUGGUGUUCAGCUUCCGACUCUACCAACAAAAAGAGAAUGCUCUAUCACACGUUAGACUUCGAUCAAUGAAUCACUACUCAAAUGAGCCAGAUCCAGACAGUGGCAGACUCUUCUUUGGAGUCCCAAUCUUCUCCUAUAAUGAGCUUCAAGAUGCAACCAAAAACUUUGACCCCUCCAACAAACUUGGAGAUGGAGGCUUUGGCUCUGUUUACUAUGGAAAACUUCAAGAUGGGCGUGAAGUUGCAGUGAAACACCUAUUUAACCACAACUACAAGCGAGUAGAACAAUUUAUGACUGAAGUUGAAGUUCUCACUCGCUUGCGUCACAAGAACCUUGUCUCCCUCUAUGGCUGCACUUCUCGUCAAAGUCGUGAGCUCCUUCUUGUCUAUGAAUACAUCCCAAAUGGCACUCUUGCUAGUCACCUUCGUGGACACUUUGCAAAACUUGCUUUGUUGACAUGGACUAAGCGUAUCAAAAUUGCCAUAGAAACUGCAAGUGCCUUGGCUUACCUUCAUGCUUCCGGAAUCAUCAAUCGUGAUGUCAAAACCAACAACAUUCUUCUCGACAACAAUUUCUGUGUUAAGGUUGCGGAUUUUGGACUUUCUAGAUUAUUCCCUGAUGAUGUGUCACAUGUUUCUAUAGCUCCUCAAGGAACACCAGGUUAUCUUGACCCAGAGUAUCUUUGCUUCAGGCUAACUAAUAAAAGUGAUGUGUAUAGCUUUGGAGUUGUGCUCAUGGAGUUAAUAUCUUCUUUGCCAGUAGUUGACAUGGGAAGGAAUAAAGAUGAGAUUACAUUAGGGAGUCUUGCAGUGAGGAAGAUUCAAAAAAAUGAAUUGGAGGAGCUAAUGGAUCCAUGUUUAGGAAUUGAGAAAGAUAGUGAACUGAAGAGGAAGGUGGUUGCGGUGGGCGAACUGGCAUUUCAGUAUUUGCAGAUAAAUAAUGAGAUGAGACCUUCCAUUAAUGAGGUUUUAGAGAUUUUGAGGAAGAUUGGGAGGGAAUAAAAAGAUGGUGAGGAUUCUAGGGAAGGCAAUGACAAUAAUGGUAAUAGAAUUCCAAAGAAGAAAGCAGAUAUAAAUGCAGCACAACCCAUGAGGGCUUCAAUAAGCUUUGAUCACGCAUUGUUCUUCAAGUCAUCCUCUUCACCAAAUAGUGUUACUAAGAAAUGGACAAGUGAAUCUACUAAUCCUAAUUUGAGCGUUUAAUAAUCUUCAUUGACCAAGUUUUGUUGCUUUAAUGUUGAUUUGGAUUCCAUGCGAGGAGCAAUUCUUUGCACCUAAUGUGCAAUGACAUGUGGUAAAUUUACAAGCGUCAGAUUAAAUUAACGGUCAGAGGCAAAAGCACAAAGGAGUGAGAUAGCGAGUGGGCAUUUUCACUAAGUGUUAUUAGGCUUGGAACUAUUUCUUCCCCUCCCACUUUCUUGCUCUUAACGAAUCCCAAAAAACCCAGUAUCAGUUAAGUGUUAUUAGGUUGUUCCUAGACAAUUAUUGAAAUCACAUUGUAAAGUACACAAUAAUUACUGAAAACAUAGUAUCUUAUUAAGUAAACAACCCAGAAUUCAUCUAGACAGAGGAAGCUUGGAAAUUGAAAAAUUCAAAAGC